ACAGUAACUCUUCAGAAAGGAUGACACUGACGGAAGACGGAUAAGCGCCCUAAUGCUGGCUCUCAAACUACUCUACUGCGCAUGCCCAGUUCCUUGCUAAGGAAGAAAGGAGAAAAUGUCUCUAACGAGCUUUUUACCAGCACCGACCCAGCUGUCCCAGGACCAGCUGGAGGCGGAGGAGAAGCUCCGGGCUCAGAAGUCCUACUCCACCGCCCUGGUUUCGUCCCGCAGAGAGCCCCCUCCUUAUGGACACAGAAAAGGCUGGGUGCCUCGCUCUCUGGAGGACUUUGGAGAUGGAGGAGCUUUCCCAGAGAUCCAUGUGGCCCAGUUUCCUCUGGAGAUGGGUAGGAAGAAAAAGACAUCGAACGCUCUGGCGGUGCAGGUGGAUGCAGAAGGAAAGAUCAAAUAUGACGCCAUUGCGAGACAAGGACAGAACAAAGAUAAGGUGGUCUUUAGUAAGUACACAGACCUUCUACCAAAGGAAGUUUUGAAUGAAGACACCCCCGAACUUCAGAAACCAGAUGAGGAGUCUGUAAAGGAGUUGACAGAGAAGACCAGAGCUGCCCUGGAUAAGUGUGUUUCUCAAAAGAUUGCUGCGGCUAUGCCCGUAAGAGCUGCAGACAAACAAGCCCCAGCACAGUAUAUCAGAUACACCCCAUCUCAGCAGGGAGUGGCAUUCAAUUCAGGGGCCAAACAGAGGGUGAUCCGCAUGGUAGAAAUGCAAAAAGAUCCAAUGGAACCGCCACGAUUCAAAAUCAACAAGAAGAUUCCUCGGGGACCGCCUUCUCCACCUGCUCCAGUUAUGCAUUCCCCAAGCAGAAAGAUGACAGUCAAGGAACAGCAGGAGUGGAAGAUUCCUCCAUGCAUCUCCAACUGGAAAAACGCAAAGGGUUACACCAUUCCUCUGGACAAACGUCUGGCUGCUGAUGGCAGAGGCCUGCAAACGGUUCACAUCAAUGAGAACUUCGCCAAGCUGGCUGAGGCGCUCUACAUUGCAGAUAGAAAGGCCAGAGAGGCAGUGGAGAUGAGAGCCCAAGUGGAAAAGAAGAUGGCUCAGAAAGAGAAGGAGAAGAAAGAGGAGAAACUCAGGGAGCUGGCUCAGAUGGCUCGAGACCGCAGGGCAGGCAUCAAGAGUCACGGGGACAACGCAGGUGGCGAGGACGGCGAGGCCAGGGAGCGUGACGAGAUCCGCCAUGACAGAAGGAAAGAGAGACAGCACGACAGGAACAUUGCCAGGGCUGCUCCUGAUAAGAGGUCGAAGCUGCAGAGAGAUCAGGACAGGGACAUCAGUGAGCUCAUCGCUCUGGGCAUGCCCAACCCUCGCUCGGCCAGUGAGGCACAAUACGACCAGAGACUCUUCAAUCAGAGCAAGGGUAUGGAUAGUGGUUUCGCUGGUGGUGAAGACGACACAUACAAUGUGUACGACCAGCCGUUCCGUGGAGGCAGAGAUAUGGCCUCAAACAUCUACAGACCCAGCAAGAACAUCGAGAAGGACGCUUACGCAGAUGACUUUGACACACUCAUGCAAAACAACAGGUUUGUACCAGACAAAGAGUUCUCAGGUGCCGACCACGGGCAGAGGCGAGAAGGUCCUGUGCAGUUUGAGGAGGAUCCCUUCGGUCUGGAUAAGUUCUUGAAGGAAGCCAAGCAGCACGGAGGCUCCAAGAGACCUUCUACCAGCAGCCGCUCGAAGGACGACUACCACGACAAGAAACGCAGGAAGGAGUGAGAGCGAGCACAGAGGCCAUGUCGGGCAGCUGCUAGCAUGUUAGGGGAUAGAGAGGCGGUCUGCACCCUCCCAGUGGUUGACAAAUAUUUGAGAAUACUCGACUCAGUCAGGAAUCAUCUGUCAGAUAUUUGCUUAGUGUAAGAGCAGGUGAGAGAUUGCAAAAGAUGCCCACGAUUUCUUCCUUUGUUUCACAUCAGUUUGCGCCUUGUCAUUUUAAUACCACUCGGUGUCAUGUUAAAUGUGACACGAGUGGAAACUUUAUAACACAAGUGGAGCUGAACUGAUAGCUGUCAUAUGUGUGAGGUCAGCCUCCACAUCUGAGAGAGUCUCGCUGUACAUUGCUGCAAAGGCCACAAUAUGUGUGAACCCCCAAUAUUUGAUGUUGUUUUGACCAUUGAAACCCAUAGAUUUAGUUCUUGUAUCUUUUAUUCUUUUUUUUUUUUUUUUUUUUUACAUGUAUACAGAGCCACUCAGCAGGAACUGUUCAUAAACCUUCCUCUUAUUUGUCCCUCACCUUGUCAGCUGUGUUUUAUUUAAGCCCCCGGUGUAUUUGUGAGCACAGUUAACGACCAUGUGGUGGCAGAUAAGUACAGCAGUAUAAACUUACCUGUACGAUGUAAAGAAGACCCGCUUUAUAAUUCUUGUACAUUACUAUGAGUGGAAUAAAUUUCAUAUAGUGUGUAAUUGGUA